CUUGUUGACGUCGUCUGCUUUUGUCGUCUGCAAUUUGUGCUUAGCCAGCACGCAAAGUUAUGAAUCAUGGAAAAUUUUGAUGAUUCUGACACUAUUCCCGAGCUUGUUGAUAUAGUGGACGAUGCGAAGUUAAUAAACUCAUCUAAGUCUGAUAGUGCCAAUUUCCAAACAGUGCCUGUAACUAUAGUUACUGGCUUUUUAGGAGCCGGCAAAACCACCUUUCUCAAUUUCGUAUUGACUGAACAGCAUGAAAAAAGAAUUGCUGUUAUUCUGAACGAAUUUGGUGAAGGCAGUGUCCUAGAAAAAAGCCUUGCUGUAGGGACACAAGGAGACUUGUAUGAAGAAUGGCUAGAGCUACGUAAUGGUUGUCUUUGCUGCUCAGUUAAAGAUAAUGGAGUGAAAGCAAUAGAAAACCUGAUGAAGAAAAAGGGUAGGUUUGACUACAUUCUUUUGGAGACUACUGGUUUGGCUGAUCCUGGACCAAUUGCUUCACUUUUUUGGCUGGACAGUGAGCUCUGCAGUGAUAUUCACCUAGAUGGCAUAAUAACGUUGGUCGACGCCAAACACGGAUUAAGGCAAAUUAAUGAAAAGAAACCAGAUGGUUCAGUCAACGAAGCCAUAAGACAAAUCGCGCUCGCUGACGUUAUCGUGAUAAAUAAAGAAGAUCUCGUUACAAAAGCGGACCUUUUAGAACUGAAAAAUCACGUUCAGGCCAUUAAUAGCGAGGCAACGUUCGUUACUACUCAUCACGGCAGGGUCAAUCUUGAAGCUGUACUGGAUCUGGGACUCUAUUACCAAACGACCAAUCGCAGGCCUUUUGAAAAUACCCCGGCAAAAUUUUCUAGUCCGUCAAACGGUCACCUUGAUUUGUCUGUACGUAGCGUGACGCUUGAGUUGAAUGAGCGGCUCACCCCAGAGAUUGUAGACGCCUAUUUACAACGUCUGUUGUGGGAAAAAGAUGUAGUCAAUUCGGAAGGAUUGGCGCUUGAAAUAUUCCGUUUAAAGGGUAUCGUACGUUAUUCACAGCCAGAAUCGGCGUCUUCAUCCGUUGUUAUCAUUCAAGCCGUUUACGACACGUACGACGUGAUGCCAAUCAAACCAGAGGCGUCCGACUCAGGAAAUCGAGAGAAAGAGAGCUUAGAAGCCGACGCCCGCUUUGUUUUUAUCGGUUGUGAUUCAUCAUUCCUUCUCAUUUGGCAUCUUUCAGGUCGCAAUUUAGAACUGCUUAUCCUGAAAAACGUCUUGUUGCAGCUCCUUCAUCCUGAUUAACAGAAUGGCUAAUGAUAUCAGCCAGACUUUGCUCAUGUACUUUCAAUAACAAUCGAAAGUUUGAAUUCCAAGAAUGAAACGUUUAGCUUAUG